ACUACAAUCCCCAAUAUUUACAUUGCAGAUAGAGACAGCUACUUAAAUGGGUCUCUCAAGAAACCUAAACCUCACAAUCUUGGUCCUUCUCGCAGCGGCGCUGAUGGCCCUUUCACCGCACGGCGGCGAAGCGGCGAUCACCUGCGACACGGUGUACAGCGACCUCAACGCAUGCCUCAACUACGUUAUGUUCGGUGGGAAUGUGCCGGCGGGAUGUUGCAGUGGGAUGAAGACGCUGGUGAGCGCGGCGGCGACGACGGCGGACCGCCAAACCGCGUGCUCGUGCUUGAAGUCCAUUGUUUCCAAAGCCAAUGCGUCAGAGAUUAGCAGGGCGGCUGGACUUCCAGCCCAAUGUGGUGUCAACAUUCCUUUCAAGAUUGGCCCCAACACUGACUGCUCUAAGGUCAAGUUUGGGUUUUAAAUAAGUGAAUUCUAGCUUUGUGCCUGUAUGUGGAUGUAAAAUUUAAGAACAUGCAUUAUGAUGUAUAUAUACUACAUUUAAAAUAAUAUUUAUGUUUCUUUUCUAUAUGUAAUCACAAGUU